AUGAACAUGCUGUCGCCUGACGGUAUCUGCCACAGCUUUGACGACCGCGCGAACGGCUACAGCAGAGGCGAGGGUGUCAUAGUCAUGAUUCUCAAAAAGUUGUCCACGGCAAUCUCAGAUGGGGACAACAUACGUGCUGUCAUUCGAGGCACAGGAUCAAAUCAAGACGGCCGAACACCAGGGAUCACCCAACCAAGUUCGGUGUCGCAAGAGAACCUUAUCCGACAUACAUACCGGACUUGCAAUCUUGGAUUCGAAUCGACACGCUACAUAGAAGCUCACGGCACCGGAACGCAAAUCGGAGAUGCCAUGGAAAUGAGAGCUCUUGGUGCUGUCUUCAGAACCGCUCGCUCGCCCAAAGCGCCUCUUUUUGUUGGGUCUGUCAAGACCAAUAUUGGACACCUUGAGGGUGGAAGUGGACUGGCCGGGAUUGCCAAAUCCAUCCUCAUUCUUGAGAAAGGUUUCAUACCACCGAACGCGCUGUUUGAGAGACUGAACACGAAAGUCAAUGCUAAACGAAAUAACAUCCAGGUCCCAGAGUCCUGUAUUCGUUGGCCAGGUGAAGGCUUGCGUCGAAUCUCCGUCAACUCGUUUGGGUUCGGUGGCUCGAAUGCUCACGCUAUUCUCGACGAUGCGUAUCAUACACUUGAAACGCUUAGUUUCCGAGACAGUCUCCGUAGCAUCGUAACACCGAGAGUUGCGCUGCCAGGAACUUCGAACGGACACCGUCAGAACGAUGUGAAAGUGAUGGGAUCAGUAUCGGAAGAGAAAGUCGACGGACCAACUUCUGGUAUCGACGAUGCUGGGAGAGCUAAUGACGUGACUUCAUCAUCUGCUGACGUCGUGACCUUGACGCGUACCAAUGGGCUGUCAGCAAUCCUUGGUGAAACAGAAACCCAAUCGACCAAGGGCUCAGAGAAGAAGACCGACGGCAAUACUGUAUCAAACGGCACAUCUCCAAACUACCGCCAGAUUCUAGUCUUCACUGCCCGCGACGAAGCGGCCUUGAAGCGAAUCCAUCAGCAAUACGCAGAAUACUACGAUCGCAGCAUAGUUGGAGCGCCCAGAAUGCUGGAUGAUCUCGCUUAUACACUCGCGACGCGUCGAAACACAAUGGCCAUGCGAUCAUUCAUAGUCGCCGAUUCGGACUCAUCGUCUUCGAGUUUAGGCCUGCCGAAUUUGAACUGCGUACGAUCGUUGGGGGAGCCACAGCUUUGCUUCGUAUUCACGGGCCAAGGUGCCCAGUAUGUGAAUAUGGGGCUCGAACUUAUUGAUUAUCCAGUGUUCAAGGACGUUCUGACUCAGGCCGAUCGCGUUUUCCAGAGCACUGGGGCUGAAUGGUCCUUAUUCGAUGAGAUGAAAAGCGGAGAGAGGAUCAAUCUCCCGCAGUUCAGUCAACCCCUAUGCACCGCUCUCCAGAUAGCCCUUGUUGAGUUGUUGAAAAGCUUCCACAUUGCUCCGGUGGCUGUCGUUGGCCACUCAUCCGGUGAGAUUGCGGCUGCAUACGCUAUUGGUGCGUUGUCUCUCGAGUCUGCCUGCAGAAUUUCAUAUCACAGGGGUAGACUGAGUGGCCAGUUGGCUGCGCAGUUGGCAUCUUCCAUUAAGACUGGAGCCAUGAUGUCUGCCAAUCUUCAAGAAGGCCAAGUUCGUGCAUAUAUCGACAAGUAUCGUUUGGACGCGAAUAUCCGAGUAGCCUGCGUCAACAGUCCUUCGAAUGUGACUUUGGCGGGGCCUGAAGCAGACGUCGAUGCACUGAAAUGUCAUCUGGAUGACGACCGCAUAUUCGCACAGAAGCUGAAUACUGGAAUCGCAUACCACACUGCGGUUAUGAAUGAGAUGGCCCAGGAAUACGUUUCGUGCCUGAGCAAUCUCGUUGAGUCGACACCUGGAUCUUGUGCUACCUUGAUGGUGUCUUCAGUCACAGGACAAAGAGUAACCGCAACAGACUUGUGUACGGCACAAUACUGGGCCGACAACCUUACUUCGCCAGUGCGCUUCCUCGAUGCGCUCCAGUAUCUCGCAAUAGCUGCACCGAAGCUAGAUGGUAUCAAAGCGAUAUCCGACUACAUUGAAGUCGGCCCCCACGGAGCACUACGGCGACCCAUCAAGGAGACAUUAAGCCAGGUGCCGAAUUACAGGACCUUCGCAUAUGUAUCCAUCUUAUCGAAGCUUGUGUCAUCUAUAAAGACAACAAUGAAAGUAGCCGGUCAUCUCUUCACCCGUGGCUACCCUGUCUCCAUCGCUGCAGUCAAUCGAUACACAGCUAGCUCAAACUUGCCCAUGCUACUCUCGGAUAUACCAAAGUAUCCGUUCGAUCGUACUCAACAGCAUUGGUUUGAAAGCCGACUAAGCCGUGACUGGCGUCUGCGCGGCGCUGCUCCAAGAAGUGUACUUGGCAUACGUGUGACCGACUGGAAUCCACUUGAACCGCGAUGGCGCAAGAUGCUCUCUACCCAAGAGAUGCCUUGGAUUGCGGAACAUGUCGUAUCUGGCGUCAUAGUGUUUCCUGCGGCUGGUAUGAUCGUCAUGGCGCUCGAAGCCGUAAAACAAACAGUGCAGUCGCACCAGACACUAUCCGCGUUUCUGGUCAAGGAAGCCACAUUUGCGACUCCAAUAUUUGUCGACACGGAACGGAAGACCGAGGUUGUGACACAACUGCGUCCAAUCAAGGCGGCUUACGAGCGAGAAGCCCUGCGAUUCGAUGUCGUAAUCUUUUCGAUCGACGACAGUGGAAGAUGGACGGAGUGUUUCAAGGCUACCGUUCAUGCUCAGCCUAAGACGGGUGCCACAUCCGAAGUUGACGGAGGACUUGAAGCACGUGAAACCGCGGAAACCUGCGUCAGCCGCUACAAGGAAGCAAAGCUUUCGUGCACUAAGCGUAUCAAUUCGCAAGACUUCUAUGAAUGGCUAGACAGACAGGGUCUCUCAUAUGGCGAAGCUUUCGCUCUUUCGAAAGACAUCUUCUGGGACGGGAGUGAGCUCUGUGUAUCGCGCGUCGACAACUCUGGAGAGCUCUAUGAGGGCGUGAUGCAUCCAACUGUGCUCGACAACUGCCUGCAGCUGUGCUGCACAGCGCCUUCGGGAGGAAUGACCAAGAAGCUAUCGACAUUCAUUCCAAGUAGUAUGCGCGACCUCUGGGUUUCCGCAACGGGGUGGCAGCAUCCACAAACCAAUUCGAUUCGGAUCAUGACCCAGGCGAGGCCGAACAUACAAAUGACCGGGCUAAACUGCUCUAUGAUGGCUUUCAGUGAACCUGGACAACUACUCUGCGAUGCUAAACACCUUGGCAUGUCAGCCGUCGCCGGCAAGGCAUCCGCAGAUGGUGAUCAAAAACGAUUGGUGCAUAGCAUCGAUUGGAAGCCGCAGCUAUCUCUGCUCACCAAGCAACAACUUUCUGAACACUGCAGGUCGAACAACAAGGAUGACGAAACCUCGGAGAUAGAAUACUGCAUCUCGUUGGAAGAUGCUAUCCGCGCACGACUCCAACGCAUUCUUCCCCAACUCCAAGGUUUGGUGGAACCAGGGACACCUACUCAUCUCAAGCGAUUCGUGAUGUGGAUCGAGCGACAGCUCCGGCAAACGCCAGGCAAAGCUGCGGAUGAAGUUAGUGAUGCAGAGCUCGGCUUGAGGCUUGAACGCCUUCGAGAGAAUAGACCAUCCUGGAGAUUGUGUCUUGAAGUGCUCGACAACUUGCCUUCAAUCAUCCGCGGCGAGACUGAUGCACUUGGUCUACUCUUCACGACACCUGUAGCUCACGACCUGUAUGAUGCUUUCUUCCGCCGCACAUGCAAUGAGAAGCUAUCCAGGUAUCUUGAACUGACCGUCCACCAAAACCCUAAUCAGAAGAUUCUUGAAGUUGGAGCGGGAACCGGCGGCAUGACGAAUCAGAUCUUGACGAUGCUACACCAAAUUGAACAACGUACUGGUGGCACUUCCUUCCGCGAGUACGUUUACACCGACAUCUCACCCGCCUACUUCGAAGGGGCUCGUGAACGCUUCGCGAACUACGGGAGUCGCAUGACCUUCAAGACCAUCGACCUCGAAAGCGACAUCAGUGCGAACAUCGAGCCUGGAUCGUGCGACAUGAUUUUUGCGGGCAGUGUGUUGCAUGCCACCAAGAACCUGGCUAAAACUAUGCGCAAUCUUCGGCGUGCACUGAAACCCGGCGGCCAGCUUGUCUUCCUGGAGAUUACACAAGCUCCAGAAUGCUUCCCUAUGAGCUUUGGUUUUGGUGUGCUUCCAGGGUGGUGGUGUGCCGAGGAAACGUCUCGCGAAUGGUGCCCAACGCUCACCGAGGUGCAGUGGGAUGUUUUGCUGAAAGAGACUGGUUUUACGGGCAAUGAGUUGCUUGUAAAGGAUCAUGAGGACCCAAGAGCGAACUACGUGACUAUCAUCACUUCCACAGCCGAGAAGACACCGAAAGCACUAAUUGAGGUCUCGAGAGUGUUACUCAUCAUCAAUAAUCAUGAUGAGCAGCAGGAAAACCUGGCGCGAGCGGUGUCGACUGCGAUAUCCGCUUCGUUCACUUGUCAGGUAAUCGUUUUUACGCUUCCUGACAUUGCUGAAGCGAAAGUUGGUCCAUCAGAUUGUAUCCUAUUCCUCGCAGAUAUGCAAGGAUCAAUCUUGGCUGAGCCAUCGAAAGAUGAGUUCCGACUGAUUCAGACCUGGUUGCAACAGUCGAAACACCUGCUCUGGGUGACUGCAGCGCUCACAUCUCAGCAAUUUUCGCCAUGUACCAGUAUCAAGGACGGUUUACUAAGAGUGAUACGAGCCGAGAAUAAUAGCAAGAGGAUCAUCUCUCUCACUCUGGAGCACGACGCUUCCGACCUCCAAGUCUGUCAGCAGUGCAUCGUACAAGUUUUCCGCUCAGCAUUCGAGGACGCGUCCCCCGAGCUAGAGUACACGGUUCGAGACGGAAAGAUUAUGACUGGUCGUCUCGUCUUCGAAGCUGGUCUUAAUAGGGAUGUGGUUUCUUGCAUGUUGCCAAUCACGAGACACGAAGCAUGGCUCCCAGGGCCACCUCUAAAACUACACGUUGCGUCGCGAGGCUCUCUCGAAUCGUUGUGUUUCAUCGAAGACCAGUACCUCACCGAGCUUGGUCCAACAGAGAUUGAGGUUGAGACCCAAGCUUGGGCCGUCGGCUUCCGCGAUGUAUUCGGUGCACUUGGCCGGCUGGAUGAAAACGAAUUCGGCACGGAUUGCGCCGGUAAAGUCACAAGGGUUGGUUCUAAAUGUACCCAACUACGUCCUGGAGAUCGCGUGAGUACGUCAAUGUUUGGCUGUAUGCGCACGUAUGUGUACUGUGAUGAGGGAGAUGCCAUCAAGGUUCCGGACACGCUCUCCUUGGACGAGGCUUGUGGAGUCAUUAACCCAGUAAUGACGGCGUGGCACUCUCUCGUGGAUGUAGCGCGCCUUCAGAAGGGUGAGAAGAUCCUCAUCCAUGCGGCGUCCGGCGGUACAGGACAGGUCGCGAUCCAAGUCGCCCAAAUGCUCGGUGCUGAAGUCUACGCUACUGUGGGUUAUGAUCAUAAGAAAGAGUUGCUUAUCAAGAAAUAUGGUAUUCCAGCUACCAACAUCUUCUAUUCCAGAGAUCUGAGCUUUGCUCAAGGCAUCAUGCGAGUCACCAAAGGAUAUGGGGUAGAUGUGGUGCUAAACUCACUAGUUGGCGAAGGUCAGAAAUCAUCAUGGGAAUGUGUCGCUCCGUAUGGAAGAUUCGUUGAGAUAGGCAAGGCCGACAUCUACGCAAACUCACCGCUGCCCAUGGCGAGUUUCGCACACAACAGGACUUUCUCCGCAGUCGACCUUCGCGACCUUGCUUUCCACCGGCCAGAAGCGUCAAGAGCGCUCUUCCAUAGGACAAUGAACUUAGUCCAGGAAAAGGCAAUUUUCUGCCCAACACCAUUGAACAAGUUUCCAGUAUCGGCAAUCGAAGACGCCUUCCGGUACAUGCAAACCGGUAGAAGCACGGGACGUGUUAUUGUCACGCUAGACCAUGGCGAUGUGAAAAAUCUCAUACAUCGACCUGCCUGGACAUUCGAUUCCGAAGCCGCGUAUCUGGUCGUCGGAGGUUUGGGGGGCGUGGGACGUUCUAUCCUCCGCUGGAUGAUAUCGAGAGGCGCAAAACAGUUGAUAGUGCCCUCCAGAUCCGGACCUCGCGGCGAAGCUGCCUUCAAGAUUGUGAUCGACGCAAUCAAAUCGGGAGUCACUAUUCUAACGCCAAGCUGUGACGUUUCAGACAUGGCUUCGCUCAAACUGAUGCUUGAUGAGUGUGCACCAGUCGUAGGUCCAAUUCGUGGGUGCAUAAAUGCGGCCAUGGUUCUGCAAGAUUCGAUUUUCGACAACAUGACGCACGCUCAAUGGAAAAAGACCAUCGACUCGAAAGUCAAGUCGUCGUGGAAUCUUCAUGCUGUACUCCCGAAUGACCUAGACUUCUUCAUCCUGCUCUCAUCUGCUGCUGGCGUUCUUGGCAACGCUGGUCAAUCCAACUACGCAGCAGGCUGCACAUUCCAAGAUGCACUGUCUUCGUUUCGGAAGUCCCAGGGACGAAAGACAGUGUCGAUUGACCUCGGUCUGAUGAGUACGGUUGGCUUCGUGGCGGAAAAUGAAGGCGUCAAGAAAACCCUGGAGAGGUAUGAAGGUUUGAGAGCAAUCGACGAAGCAGAGUUUCUCGCACUCAUGGAUAUCCUUUGCGACCUUGAGCACCCGCCAAAUAUUUCAACCAUCAAUGGUCAAGUGACCAUGGGUAUCACCACGCCGGCAGAUCUGGCCCUCGACAACGGCACCAUGCCCAUGGAGCAUAUGCACCAAUCCCUCUUCGCCUACUUUGUUCAGACAGAAGCCAUGGCGAGCAGCUCCAUGCAAGCAAACGGUGUGAACUCGGCAGCCCUGUUUCGACAAGCCGAAAGUGUGGAGGAGAUGGAUCGCAUCGUCGUCGAAUCCUUGGUAAGGAAGAUAGCACGUGCGCUGUCCAUGUCUUUGGAAGACGUAGAUACCGACAAGGCUCUACAUUUGUACGGAGUGGAUUCGCUCGUUGCGGUGGAAAUUCGUAACUGGAUCACAAAGGAGUUCAUGGCGGAUGUGCCGGUGUUCGAGUUGAUGAGCGGGAAGUCGAUUCUGGCUAUCGCACAGCUGGUGACUAAGAACAGCCAGAUCAGGAAGACGGUAGCCAAAGCAUAA